AUGCCACAGCAACAGACUGCCCUAGCCGUUACGGAAAUCGGUAAGCCCGUGAGUAAGAUAUCUCGGCCUAUCCCGGAGCCCAGGAAAGGCGAAGUCCUCAUUAGGGUCACCGUGGCAGGCCUGAACCCCCAUGAUGCGAAGGCCCGGGAGGGCCUUUUUACGAAGGGCCAUCUCCCCGCAAUACUAGCCGCAGAUGUGGUAGGCGUUGUGACCAGCGUGGGCCCCCACGUCACUCGAUUCAAGCCAGGCGAUCGUGUCUUCGGGCAGACUACAUUGUUAGGGGAGGACUUGGGGGGGCAUUUCAACUUUGGCCCUCCGAAUUGGGACACGGCCGGUCUGCAGGAAUACGCGAUCCUGGAAACGCGAUUCUCAGCGAAGGUGCCGGCUGGGUUUACCGAUGCUGAAGCGGCGACGUUGCCCUGUAAUCUUGUGGCUGCUGUCGUCGGUCUGUUUGACCCUUCUUGCCUUGGUCUCCCGGCACCUUGGGAUGCGAGGGUAUCUGACUUUGACUAUAAAGGGACAUCGCUUCUGAUCAUUGGAGGCGGUGCGAAUACUGGGAAAUUUGCUAUCCAGGCUGCCGCUGCGGUGGGCGUGGGGAAUAUCAUCGUUGUGGCUGGUCGGCGGAGCGCAGAAGAGGCCAAAGCACUGGGCGCUACACAUGUAAUCGACCGUAUGAAGUCGUCCACGGAGAUCGCUGCUGAAGUCCGCGAGGUCGUGGGGGAAGAUCUUAUUUACGCUUUUGAUAUGAUCAACCCGGCUGACAGCCAACAUAUUGGCGUGGAAGCUUUAUCCAAUACAAGACCUGGAAAGCUGGCCCGGUAUGAGGUCUUGAAUGUACCAGGCGUGUCUCCGCUUAGACUUGGUACAACUGUGCCACUGUGGGAAUAUGUCACUGGUUGGGCUGAAGAUGGGAAAAUCAAGCCCACUCCCUUCCAGGUCAUCAAUGGCCUGGAUGUGGAUGCGGUCAACAAGACUCUGGAUGGUUAUUCGCAUGGCACUACAAGUGGGCAGUGGCAGGUUCAGUUUUAG